AGAGCUGAUUAGAUAAUAAUAAUAAUGAAAUGAAAUGGUGUAGCCAAAAACCUCCCUGGGUGAAAUUUUCCCCCCUCAAUUGAACAGUGAGGAAAGAGAGGCAGAGAGAAAAUGAGAGAGAGUGGAAGAGCACUAACAACUAAUCAGCAGUAGCCAGUAAGGCCAUGAAAAGAAGAGUCCCCACUAAACCCCUUUGAUUCCAGCUGUGAGUCUUCUUCUUCUUCUUCUGAUUAUUUCUUCCACCCUCUUACUCAAAGUUGCAAACUUGAUGCUCCUCUUUCGGGUACCACAGAGCUGUGAAUAAGAGAUCUAUAGAUAAAAACAAAGCCAAUCCAAUUCUUACCUCAUUCAAUGAUUCCCUUUUGCCCGCAGCUGAAUUGAACAAGAGAGAAAUGGAGGAGGUCCAGGAGGAGAAGGACCACUACAUUUGGCUUUCUUGACUCAAGUCUUACUACCCAGUACGGCUGAUUUCUUUUUGAUUCUUCCAACUUCCUUUCUUUUUCAGUUUCUUCUGAAAGCAGGCAUCUUGAGGAAUCUUUUUCUAUGACAUGGGCUUCUUUGUAGUAAGCUCCAGACGUGGGUGGAUUGAAAAUGCCUGUAGAUUGCAAGCUGUCUAUCUUUAGGACCUCUUUACCUGCCCAUUGGAAGAUGGGGAAGCAGAAUGAGUCGUCUUUUCAUGGGUUGCAUUCUGAGUGGAAGAGCUGGAGAAAACUUCUCGUUCUGCUGUGUAUAUUGGGUGGUUUGGCUGUUGGGAGCAUUAGGUUUCCGCUGAACUUCGAUGGGAAAGACAGGGUUUCAGAUUCUUGUGAAGGAGAAUUAGUUCGUCACUUCAAUGUUUCCAAGAGCCAGCUCCAUGCACUUGCUUCCCUGUACUCUGACUCGGAGAAGAUAGCUUCACUUGAAUGUACCAAGGAACUGGGACCUGGACCUUCAACAACCGAUCGAAUUUCUUGUGCGAUGAAGUUGAUGUGCUCGAAGAAGCAGGAGUUGAUGGAUGAGGAUGAGACUGCUCUUCAGAACUCAAUUUCAGAUGCAUCUUCGGCAUUGGUUUCAAUGCUUGUAGAUAACACUUUGCAAACAAGCGCCUCUGUUGUAUAUGCUUAUGCUUCUGGUAUGAUGGAAAGAUGUUGGUGGAUGCAAGCUAGCAAAGAAUUCCCCUCUGUUGUAUAUGGUUAUGUUUUUGGCACAAUGAAAAGAUGCUGGUGGAUCCUAGCUGGCGUGGGCUGCCUGUGCCUUAGUGUCAAUCUGAUACCUCUCACCACUUGGUGGAAGAAGCAGUUUCUUACGGUGUUUUUUUGUGGUGGUAUUGCAUUGUCAUUUUAUACCUUCUGGAGUGGGUCUCGGGAGUUUCACUCAAGGAGAGAAGAGACCCUCGCUAGCAUGUGUGACGAGAGAGCACGAAUGCUGCAGGACCAGUUCAAUGUGAGCAUGAACCAUGUUCAUGCCUUGGCCAUUCUUGUAUCUACCUUCCACCAUGGCAAAAAUCCUUCAGCUAUUGAUCAGAAAACAUUUGGUGAGUACGCUGAGAGAACGUCUUUUGAGAGGCCACUCACUAGUGGGGUUGCAUAUGCUUUAAAAGUUGUUCAUGCGGAGAGGGAGCAGUUUGAGAAACAGCACGGUUGGAGGAUAAAGAAAAUGGAAUCGGAUGACCAGGCGCUGGUUCAGGAUUGCAUCCCAGAGAAGCUUGAUCCUGCACCCGUUCAAGACGAAUAUGCACCUGUCAUAUUUUCUCAAGAAUCUGUGGCACAUAUUGUCUCCAUUGACAUGAUGUCAGGAAAGGAAGACCGUGAGAACAUAUUGCGAGCAAGAGCAUCUGGGAAGGGAGUGCUUACAUCUCCUUUUAAGCUCUUGAAAUCAAAUAACUUGGGAGUUGUACUGACAUUUGCUGUAUAUAAUGUUCCUCUUUCUCCACAUGCCACGUCGGAGCAACGAAUUGAAGCUACUGUGGGGUACCUAGGGGCUUCUUAUGAUGUACCAUCUCUGGUGGAGAAGCUCCUGCACCAACUUGCCAGCAGGCAGACAAUUGUUGUAAAUGUUUAUGACACGACUAAUGCGUCUGCUCCCAUUCUUAUGUAUGGCACUGAUGUUGCUGAAGACAUGAGCCUAUUCCGAGCAAGCAACCUCGACUUUGGGGACCCAAUGAGGAAGCAUGAAAUGCACUGCAGGUUCAAGCAAAAACCUCCCGAGCCUACGUCAGCAAUUGAUUCGUCAACCGUAAUCCUUGCUAUUGUUCUACUUGUUUCAUAUAUAUGUAAUGCAGCCAUAAAUAAGAUUGAAAAGGUUGAGGAGGAAUUUCGUGAGAUGACACAGCUCAAAGUUCGUGCAGAAGCGGCUGAUGUGGCAAAAUCUCAGUUCCUUGCAACCGUUUCACAUGAAAUCAGGACUCCGAUGAAUGGUGUUUUAGGCAUGUUGCAAAUGCUGAUGGAUACCGAGCUUAAUGACAAGCAAAUUGACUAUGCUGAGACUGCCCAUCGUAGUGGGACAGAACUAAUCUCUUUGAUCAAUGAGGUCCUUGAUCAUGCUAAGAUAGAAUCAGGGAGGCUAGAGUUGGAAGCUGUUCCUUUUGAACUGAGGCCUGUUCUUGACAAUGUUUUCUCUCUUUUCUCUGGAAAAUCCAGUGAAAAGGGAAUUGAGAAGUUGGCCAUUUAUGUCUCUGAUCAAGUGCCUCAAGUGGUCAUAGGCGAUCCUGGAAGGUUCAGGCAGAUUAUUACUAAUCUUGUUGGCAAUUCAGUCAAGUUUACACGUGACAAGGGGCACAUCUUUGUGUCAGUCCAUCUUGCUGAUGAAGUAACGAUAAGCCCAGUUGAGGUUCAAGAUCCAGUUCUGAAACUCAGUUUUGGCUUAGCUCAAGACACCUCAAGCAAGCCAUACAACACACUAAGCGGCUCUCUUGUGGUCAACAGAUGGAAAAGUUGGGAACAUUUCAAAAUUUUGGAUAGAGUGGAUAUCGGAGACUCAUCAACGAUUAGAUUGCUAGUUACAGUCGAGGAUACAGGUGUUGGUAUUCCAGUAGAUGCACAAAGCCGCAUUUUCACUCCUUUCAUGCAAGCUGACAGCUCGACUUCACGAAUGUAUGGUGGGACUGGAAUAGGAUUGAGUAUUAGCAAGCGUUUGGUUGAUCUCAUGGGAGGCGAGAUUGGUUUUGUUAGUGAAUGUGAUGUUGGAAGCACUUUCUCCUUCACUGUUUGUCUCAGAAAAGGGGAGUUGAGUUCCCUUGAUGCUAAGGGGCAACGUUGUGAUGCAACUCCUGUGGAGUUUAGAGGCUCAAAAGCUUUGGUGAUUGAUCAAAAAUGCAUACGAGCUGAGGUCACUCGAUAUCAUCUUGAGAGGCUGGGAAUAUCAGUGCACAUUGCUUCAACUUUGAAAGCUGCAUGCUGUUUUCUGUCUGGUGGUAUUACAUCAGGUGCAAGUGCUCCAGUUGGUCUAUCCAUGAUCCUGAUCGACAAAGAUGUUUGGGAUGAAGAAAAGGAUGUCGCGGUGCAUCGCUUUUUGAGGGACCCAAGUGGAAAUGGAAUUGUAGAGUUUGAAGCAGACCUUCCCAAAAUCAUUCUCUUGGCUACUGCAAUAGCUCCUGAUGAACGCCAUGAGCUAAAAUUAGCUGGCUUGAUAGAUGAUGUGCUUAUGAAGCCUCUUAGGCUAGGCGGUUUAAUGGUUUGCUUGCAAGAAGCCCUAGGAAGUGGUAAGAAGAGUCGAGUCAGAAAAAAGAAACCGACGAAUCUUCAGAAUCUGCUGAGAGGGAAGCAUAUCUUGGUGGUGGAUGACAAUGUUGUAAACAGGAGGGUGGCACAGGGUGCUCUAGAGAGGUAUGGAGCUAUAGUCACCUGUGUUUGCAGUGGGAGAGCUGCGGUAGAGUUGCUUGAACCACCACACAAAUUUGAUGCUUGCUUCAUGGACCGCCAUAUGCCCGAAAUGGACGGAUUUGAAGCUACAAGGCAUAUUCGAGCUAGGGAGACUCGGAUCAAUGAGCAACUCGCAUCUGGUGAAGUGUCAAUCGAGAAGUAUGGAAAUAAGCCAUGUUGGCAUACACCAAUAAUGGCGAUAACGGCUGAUGUGAUUCAGGCAACAAGUGAGGAGUGUAGAAAGUGCGGGAUGGAUGAUUUUGUUGCAAAGCCGUUUAAAGAGGAACAAUUGUACAAUGCAGUGGCCCGUUUCUUCGAGUCUAGUGGCCAGAGUGGUUGACUGCAGUGCCUAUGGUGUCUAUAUACUCGGCUAAUCGAUUUCGUUGGAAUGGCAACCCAAAGUCAUUUUGAUCAAUUAAUGGAUGAGAGGUCCCCAACGCUAUAGGCUAUUGAUGAGAGGUAAGGCUACUUAUAGAAUUGUCAUCCCACAAUCGAAUCAAUCUCUCCCAGUGCUUCUGCAGUGUGUUGUUCAGCCAUACCGCUAAACCAGUAAUGUUGUGCGUCUUCACAGCUUUUGCCUUAGCCUGCAAUCACAACGCUUGAUCGGUUUGUCUUCUGCAAAGUUCAAUCCGAAGUCCAGUGGAUGAACCAUCUGUGUAGUUGUAGCCUAGAACAUGGGCUGUUUGACAUCCUAACUUGUGUCUCAUCCUGCCUUGCCUUUCUGAGAAGUACAUAAUGAAACAGGAAAACCAGUUUCAUCGGAGCUCCAUAUUGAGAAAAGAAGUACGGAAGUGUUAACUUUAGAAUUGAUAUAUCAUAGCGCUCUUGCGGGCAGUGUAGUUUGUACGUAUGCUAUAAGCACAUCCAUCUUGUAUAUUGCAACUCUUCUGUGCAUGUGAAUUGUACCUAAAUCCUCAUCUCUACAUAGUAUACAAGUUUGGUUAGAUUUCAGUUUAAUAGAGAACUGCCUUUCCCGGCUUUACAGAUCAAUGUGGGGUGUUUUGUAAUAUUCAUUGUGUGAAUGAAGGGAACUUUUGGACGAGAGAGUGAAAAGGAGACAAGGAAGAGAACUUUCAGUAGAUCGCUGCAAUAUUGAUGGAGGUUCCCUGGAGAUGGGACCCACAUAUCCGAUUUCAUCAGCUUAUUUGGAUCUGCUUUCAUCUAGAUCGCACCUCAUCCCCUGCAUGCUUGCAUGUGCCACUGUUCAGUAGUGUUCACAUAUAACUCCACCCUUGCAUUUUAUUUGUGUGUCUACCCCAUCGCCUUUUGUUGUUUCUAUAUAUAAAGAAAGCUAGGAAACGAAGCUUCGGCCUUUCUGUCCUCAACCUCAAGAUGGCAUCUUUCAACAAGAGGCUGCUGGUUGCCAUACUGUUGCUUCUUAUCUCAUUAGCCAUUCAGAUAUCAGAUGGGGAGAUGGAGCAAUGGUGUGUAGCAGAUGAACAAACACCAGACAAUGAGCUGCAGGCAGCCACUGAUUGGGCUUGUGGGAAAGGGGGUGCAGAUUGCAGUAAGAUUCAGUUGAACCAGGCCUGCUUUUGGCCCAACACAACCAAGGACCAUGCCUCUUUCGCCUUCAACAGCUACUUCCAGAAGUUCAAGAACAGUGGUGGAUCUUGUUAUUUCAAUGGAGCCGCCAUUGUCACCGACCUUGAUCCAAGUUAUAACUCUUGCCAGUACGAGUUCAUUCCGUAAUCCAACGCCAAGCAGACGGAGGGAGAAUUCCUUUGCUCCAUUCUUUAUGUCUACCCAGACGAAGAAAUUUGAUCAUGACGUUAUAGAUUCAAAUUUUUCAGUAAUGAAUUUUCUGUUGGUCGCCUUUUCCCCUCGUUUGAGGCUUCACUUAUCGCCGUUUUUCUAGUUUUAGCACCAAUUAUCGCUACAGUUGAUUUUUUUUUCAAACGUGCUUUUGAUGAAUUACAAAACGGACUGUCAAAAUUGAUCUCUCUUUACCGUAAAAAGGAAGCACAACACAUAUAAGUCGUUAUGACAGGGAGAAGAAAAGAAAAGAAAAAA